AUGCAGGAGUUGGAGCAGAUGCGCCUGAAGGCUUCAGCUGCGCGGGAGAAAGAGCUCCAGAGACAGGCAGAAGCAGCAGCGGAAGCAGCUCGGGCGGCAGCUCUAGCGGAGCAAGCUGCAGCGGAGGCAGCUGCGAAAGUGGCUAAAGAGGCGCAGCAGCUGGAUGUGAGCCGUUUCAACACAGCCGAAGAGCUUGCGAAGGCCGUAGAUGCGGCAGGUCAGUAUCUGUUAAUAUGA